AUGCCUCGCCGGACAUUGCGAGUGCGACGCCAGACAUGCUCCGUGGCCGCGUGCCUCAUGCUGGCCUGGACGCUUGUGGAGCCUGGUGUCGGAUUCCUAGGAGAGUUGGGAUCCCCAGACCUUUCCGGAGAGAAGCGCAAAGCCGCGGCCACACGUCUGGCCGAAGCACGGAUCGCCUUGGAGGAGGCGCAGGCUCUCCAAGCAGAAGGCGCUUCUGCAGGCCUUUGGUACCAGGUGGUCACGGAGGGCGAGGACGGUAUAGGAAUCCGAAAAGAGCCAGAUCUCAAAGCGGAGCGCGUGGAAGAUUUAGUACGAGGCUCAAUUUUUGAGGUUGAUGACAUCGUCCAGAAUGAGGAUGAGCCCAUUUUCCUCCGUCUAAAGGACGGCAGAGGUUGGGUUUUCGACCUUACACCCAUUGAUCCUGAAACCCCAACAGUCAAGAGACUGGAGGGAGUGUAUGCAAAUGGCAAAACCGUGCAAGAGCUGGAAGAAGACGUUCGGCAGGCACGUCUCGAUUUAGAUAAAAUUCGCGGAGCCCGACGUAGCUAG